AUGGAUUUUUCUGUGCCUACGGAGCAACGUUCGCUAGUAGAGUCACCCGUCUCUGCCCAGGGAAACGACCAACGGAUUGAGUCCGACCCAGCAGGGUCCCCUUUGGCAGCUGAGGAAGCUGCAUGCCAGGACACGGAGGAUCCCACGAUCUCCCCCGUGCAUGGAGAGGAUCCCACGAUCUCCUCAUUCCUUUCUGGCAUGCUGGCGACCGUUGACGAGGAUGAACCUAUGGAUCUGGAGGAUGCUAUUCCAGCUCACCAUCUCGCUGAUCUCCUGAUCUCAGCGGACCCAGUUCCCACCGAGCCAUCUCCUAUGGAAUCGGAGUCGCAGUAUGUUGAGCCCAAGUCAGAGCAUCCGCUCGACUCGGGUCUGCAGUCGUCUAGUUCUUCACUAGACCCUAUUGGAGCUGUUGCUCCUCCACUUGAGACUAUUGGAGCUGUUGCUCCUUCACUUGAAUCUAUAGGGGCUGUUGCUCCUCAGCAAGACUAUGUCGGAGCCGACGCUCCCUCUUCUUCUGACGAUAAGCCGUCGACCUCCAAAUUCAAAUCUGGGGGUUUCUCCAGCUUCUCGUACGCUAGUGUGGUAGCUCGCCAGCAGGCGGCAGCCAUCGCGCAGUCAUCGGAAACGAGCCGGGCCGCCCCGUUGCCAGUUGCUCCAGCUCCAGCUCCCCGCGUCAUCCGUAGACGGCCGGCUAAUCAUCUUACGGUGGAUCCUCGCGGUCAACUGCCCGCUUACACUCCAGCAGGGUAUUCCCACCGUCUUAUCGAAAGCCACCCGUGGGCACCAUUCAUUUCGCUUCGGAGCGAGCCAUUCCCGUCCAAUCCGGACUUCAUCACGGCCGCUAUGCCGCUCGAGCUCUAUAGUCACAUACCUCCUGGUGGCUAUCUCUCUCCCAAGUUCGUGAAAAGGCUUUUUCCGCUCAAGUUCCGGGAGCAGCCGAGCCGUCGUCAGCGUUUGUCCGUCAUCGAGCUGAUGCGUCUAGACCACGCUGUCGCGUUCCGACGCUCUUCUCAGCGCGUCAUCGACGAUCUUCUAGCUGGUCGCUACGUCAUCACCGAGAACUCGCGACCCGUGACUCCCGAGGGAACCAUGCCCUCCAUUACCCACGGGCCUCGUCAACCCGUCCGUAUGCGCACGCCUGCUCAAUGCUGCCUGUUCGGCCUAGCUGCCGUCAACUGCAUCAACGACGACAAGCGGACCCAUAUGCUUACGGCGAUCGUCCCCAGCAUGUCCGCGUUCCGUCUCCGGUUCGACUUUAUCAUCGGGGAUAUGUCAUCUGAGUGCGGAUGGACAACUCAACGUCCGGUUUACCUAUGGGUCAUUGGCUCCCGCUCGCUCAUCCGGGCCCUCAUCGAGCAAGCGGAGCACUCCUACGAGGACCGUUCAUCGCGGUCCGCCUCGUGGUCUCCCAGUGCUGAGCACAUCGAUCAGCCCUCCAGACCGUCUCACGGUUUGCUGCCAGACGCGGCGACAUCACCAGUGUGCAGAUCGGCGUCAAGCUCGGCGACCUUACCUUCGGGAACUGACCUGCUCUACGAGCUCAUUUCGAAGCGGCAGCUUUUUGCUCAUUCCCACCCGAAUUCUCAAGCCAGGAUCAUCCUGGACGCCGUUUACGGCUCCCGUCGC